AUGUCAAGCCUUCGGUACAAUCCGUAUAGCUUUGGCGCCACAGCGCGAGGUCCCAUCCGACAACGUAGUCGGCGAAAUGUACGGGGUGCUGGAUGGCAUAGACGCGGCUACAGGGAUAAUGGUGACAUGUGGAUUAAUUUCUGGCGACAGGUCGUCCGUGGCGUCGAGAUGGAGGACGGUUUUCCACUGCCUGAAGACGAGCCCAUCACUACGCUCUUCGAUGGUGGUGAGACUGUCUACGCAAAGGUUUACGAUGAAGACGACCGGGAACGUGUCUGGGACGGCAUAAGCUGGACGUACCAUACACCCCGACGUCGCUGA